AUGGUGACUCUCAAGAUCAAAAACCUGUGUAUAGAGGCGCCGAGCAAAGUUCCUGCAUUCGUCAGGAUGAUUGCUCCAGAGGGCUCCUUGGUGUUUCACGAGAAAGCCUGGAACGCAUACCCCUACUGUAGAACAAUCCGUUAUGCCUCAGUUGUAACGAAUGAAUAUAUGAAAGAUGAUUUCUUCAUUCAAAUUGAAACAUGGCACAAACCAGACUUGGGAACAUUAGAAAAUGUACACGGUUUAGAUCCGAACACAUGGAAAACUGUUGAAAUUGUCCACAUAGAUAUUGCAGAUCGAAGUCAAGUUGAACCAGCAGACUACAAAGCUGAUGAAGACCCAGCAUUAUUCCAGUCAGUCAAGACCAAGAGAGGCCCUUUGGGACCCAACUGGAAGAAGGAGCUGGCAAACAACUCUGACUGUCCUCAGAUGUGUGCCUACAAGCUGGUGGCCAUCAAAUUCAAGUGGUGGGGACUGCAAAGCAAAGUAGAAAACUUCACAAAGCAAGAGAAAAGGAUAUUUACAAUUCAUCGCCAGCUUUUUUGUUGGAUUGACAAGUGGUUUGAUCUGACAAUGGAAGACAUUAGGAGAAUGGAGGAUGAAACUCAGAAAGAACUAGAAACAAUGCGUAAGAAGGGUUCCGUCCGAGGCACGUCGGCUGCUGAUGUCUAGAUGAGUCCCCAGUAGGGUCAGAGACAAUAUCAAACUGUUUACGUAAUCAAGGUCAAGUGAGGGGAACAAGUGCAGCCAGUGAUGAGUGAAGAAGGAUCUGACCAGUAUCUGGCAGUGCUGACGUUUCCCAGAUGUGUGCUUGUG